AAACCCUAGUUUUCUGAAUCCUACACACAUAUAUAGAUGCGCACACUAAACUCUCCCUUUGGCGCUGCGGUGAUAUUUGCUAGUUCUCAACACACAGAAACCCUAGAAAUCUUCAACAAGAGAUCUCAUGGCGCCGAAGAAGGAGAAGGCACCUCCACCGUCGUCAAAGCCCGCCAAAUCUGGCGGAGGAAAGCAAAAAAAGAAGAAAUGGAGCAAAGGAAAGCAAAAGGAGAAGGUGAAUAACAUGGUUCUUUUUGACAAGGCAACUUAUGAUAAGCUUCUUUCUGAAGCUCCAAAGUACAAGCUCAUUACUCCUUCGAUCUUGUCCGAUAGAUUGAGGGUGAAUGGAUCGCUUGCUCGGAAAGCAAUUAAGGAUUUGAUGGCAAGAGGUGCAAUCAGGAUGGUGUCUUCUCAUGCUAGCCAACAGAUCUAUACCAGGGCCACUAAUACUUAGGAGACCCUGUUUCUUUUGUUUUAUGAGUAGGUGGGAUGCCUGCCAAUAUUAUGUUACCUUUCUGUUUAGUGGUUAAACUUUGUUGAUGAAUAUUUUGUUUCCUUGCAUUACUAGAAUCGUUCAUGUUUUUCUGCUUUGCUGAAUCAAUGUCGUAUUUAUAUACGAAUUCAUCACUGGAAGUAUGUCUUUUGCAUUGGCUUUAUUUUGUCAAAUAA